AUGCUCGGAUGGGGUGGGGCAGAAAUGCAAGGGAUGCUCAAUUGGAUCGUGAGCUCACUAUCUCCUCAUCCUACUACCACCGGGACCUCGUUGAUCGACGCUGCUCCUUCCGAUGAGCCCCUGCCACCCUCCUCCACAACGGUAGUCCACCCCUCCUUCGAGGACGAGAAGCAAGCCAAUUGGACACAAGACUCCUUCGACAACGCCAAGUUGGCUAUCAUCACCGACCACGAUCUGACCCCCGUCCAUCGCCUCCGCGCACACGCGCACCUCCACCUCCGCCGCGCGCGACAUGACUUCACGAUCGGGUUCGGGUAUGCAGUGUAUCUAGACCGCAAGGCCGAGGCGCGCGCGCAAGAGGCCUAUGCCCGACGACACGGCUACGAGUGCACGCGAGAAGAGAUCGCGGAGCUGAAGCGUGGCGGUAGUCAGUCGAGGCUGGAACGCCUGGCGGCCCUCGAGCGGAUGCUUGGAGUCAAGCAGCCGAAGACGCUAUGCCAGAAAGCCCUCUUAGCCUGCGCGCGCGAAGUCGAGAUGGCGCGGCGGGCGAGGGAGGCAAAGGAAGCGGCUGCUAGGGUGGCGCGGGAGGAGGCUGCUCGCGCGACGCGGUUGGCGCAGGUCGAGGCUCAUCUCAACGAGAGCGACGAGCGGAACGACAUGGAGGCAUUAGAGGCGGAGAUCAAUGCGAUGGAGCGCGACAUGGACGAGCUCGAGUACGAGGUGGACGACGAGAUGAUGCAACUGGAGGCGGCGGCACGCAAGGAUGAAGGGUACCCGGAUGACGAUAACGAGGGCUACCCGGAGGACACCGAUGGUCUCGAGUACUUUUCGAUGCGGGACGAGGAGCAUGGGGCAACCUUCACGACGGACCUCGAGGGCGACGAAGUGUCAGACUCGUACUGUGCGGCUGAUGACGGGCCCUAUGCCUUUGGCGCAGCCCCCGAGAGGUGCCGUCCGACCUUCGGCGCAGCUGGCGAGGUCUACCACCCAACACACUCAGCCGACAAUGACGAUGACGAGGAAGAGGAGCACUUCAUGAUCUCCGACGCCGAGCUCGCCGCUUUUGAGCGAGCGCUGGCGGGGGCGCGGGAGGACGGGAGCGGCGCGGACGGGGAAUGGGAGGUCGUCUAG